GCACUGCAUUAUGCACAACGAACAUUUUUUGUAUUUUGUGUCUGAACUCUCUUUGAAUUGUUGACUGCUGGCGGCAGUUCCCUGCUGUGUCAGUAGUGCUGUCCUUUGAGGUGAUGCUGGUACAUGCAUUUGUUCUGUCCAUUGGACGUGUUUACCCUCAUCUGAGAUUGUCCCCAAACUUGAAGCUUCCAAGUCAUUAAUUUUUUGGGAGCUGUUUGUAUCGACACAUGGGUUUUGAAUACUGGUAGUUUCCGACAGAUCCUGUAUCGUCUUGGCCAUUAUAACAAGUAUUGGCUAGGUAUCAAGAAACAUCUCUGGAUAGUACGCCGGGUUGGACUGUGUAAGCGAUGAGAGGUGGCGACCAUCCGGAUGACAAUGAGCCUUUAUUCGGCGAGACGAAGAGAUCGGAUCGCAUUAUCCAGUAUGUGCUUACGGGGGCGGUGACGUUUAUGGUGCUUUUCACUGUGGCAAGUGCGUUCUUCUACUUCGAUAACAAGGCGAAAGGUGAAAAGGUCCCGAUAACCAACAUCUUCUAUGCAUUGUCACUUAUGCUCAUUGUCAUCGGCCAAAUUGUAAUGAUAAUAUGGUAUCGAGAAGGUGAUCUGGAUCCGAAGUUUCGACGCUUCAUCUACUUCAAUGCGUUCACCACCAUUCUGCUAUGCAUUGCCGGUAACCUGUUCUUCCAUCUGCCUUUCGCUGGCGACUGUGACCCAUGUACGUGUCCCACACAACCACCCACGGCGCCACCGACCACGUGAGUUGCUAGCUGGCUACAUUGCUUCCUUGCUGCCACCUUAUCAUUUCCCUGCCCCCGCUGAGCGUUAUUUGCAUGUGUGCGUCCUUUGCCGCCGCCGUGAGAGAUAGUUUUUUACCGUCGGAGUUAAAUAUUGAAUACUAAUACAAGUAGUGCUAGUAGUGCUAGUAAAAUUGUUUUUACUAUGGUUAAGUGCCAACAUAAAACAUCUCAUCAUCCCAUAUGAGCACAGCGCUGCCUUCCAUGUGAAUGUGUGCAACGAGAAUCACAUCAUGAAACUAAUAUUACGAAAUUCUUAUAAAUCUUCAGCCAUACCACCGACACUUUCUCGUUUUUAGUCUUGUCUAUUCUUACCUGCAACAGGUGUUCCUUGAGAUGAUUUUUGUUAGCUUUGAUCGCUGCAUUGUGUUCUCAUCCUACAAUUAUGUAAUUAUGUUCUGUCUAUUUUAGUAUCAUGAUGAAGUGUUCUUAUUCAAUGGAA